AUGUUGCUGCUUUUCGGAGCAUGUUUCCUGACGGGAAUAUCGGGCCGAGUUCAAUAUUCGAGCUUCGAUAACCUUGACGGAAUCCAGGUUGGCUCCAAAUUUUUCUAUCUCAAUGCACCGCAAGGAGCUGCGGCUUCUCCAGCAAACUUUAACGACGCAAAAGAAGUUUGUGAGAUGAAUGGAGGGAAACUCGCGAUCCCUCAAAACGCAGAUGAAGAUCAAGCUAUCUCUAGCUACAUCGAGGAGCAUUUUCUUGGAGAUGCGUCUCAAAUCCGACAAUACGACGGGGCGUGGAUCGGAAUCUACAUGCUUCAAAACGGAACUUUCAUGGACAUCGAUGGCAACCAGGCUGAUUAUGUUCCCCUUGAUUUUCACUCCCGACUCGUCGCGGAUUUCGAUAUUUGUCUUUCCAUCACUCAAGGUUUCUACUUUUCGUCCUCGGAAAGCAGCUACACUGAAGCAGUGAUGUGGGAUGAGAGCUUCUGCGGCCGAAGUAAGAUGCCACUUUGUGAGAUCGAUCUCUCCACGACCUGUAAAAUUACUCUUGUCGCCCCUGCUGUCGAAAAUCUGAGCCUUUUGCCUCACGAAGAAUCCUGUGAAGGAAGCAGCCGAUGUUUCAACGGGACAUUGGUUGUUGACACCUGCACUUUCCCUACUCUCUAUUCUGUCAACGAGACUGCUUGCGUUGAUCCAAGAGAAGUGCCAGAAUGUGAUGUUAACGAGUGCCUUGACCCGAACGCUUGUCCUGUCAACUCCAUAAACUGCACGAACGAAGUGGGUACAUACACUUGCGAGUGCGAUGCCGGAUACGAAUUCAACGACUUUGGCUGGACUUGGAACACAACUGCUUGGGAAUGUUCAGAUAUUGACGAGUGUGCUGAGCAACUUGAUGACUGCAGCGGCAGGAGCUCCUGUAAUAAUUUUGACGGUGGUUUUGAUUGCAUCUGCCACACUGGUUUUUAUUACGAGAACUUUACCCACGGAGAAUGCGUCGACUACGAUGAGUGUCACGAUGGAAUCUUCUACGAUAGAAAUGUUUGGCCAGCGAUUCUGAUUGGAGACAGUCAAGAUCCGAUGAACACUUCUGUCAUGGCGGAUGUCUGGGAAAUGAUCACAGCAUGCCCAUCUUUCUCGAGUUGUGCCAAUCAGCUUGGAGCGUACAACUGCACUUGUGAUGAUGGGUACAUGAUGAAGAUGGAUAACUUCUCUGACUAUGGCUUCAUGUGCGAAGACUUCGACGAAUGUGCAAGUGGCGAUCACAUGUGCGAUGAAAACGCUUUUUGCGACAAUGACUCGCCUGGUUACAAUUGUACUUGCAUGAUCGGUUACAUUGGUGAUGGCUGGAACUGCACUGACGUUGAUGAAUGUGCGGACGGAACUGAUAUCUAUGAGUGUUCCUGCAAUCCUGGAUUCCACGAUGCCGGAUAUUGUCCAAGAGGAUCUUCUGAUGGAUCGGAUGACAUGUUCUUCUCCACCAUUGACCAUGACAACUGCAUUAAUCUUUACCCAUCUCUACGAAAUUUCGACGAAGCCAUCAAUAUCUGCCAAAACGAAGGCGGUGAACUCUUGACCUUCGAUCAGACCAAUCAAAAUGAUCUUAGCAUGUUCAACGCUUGGGUUUUCAAUAUUGCUGCUGGUCUCCCUGCUUGGAUUGGCUACACCGCUCCAUCUGGUGCCAACGAUCCAUCUUUGAUGACCAAUAUAUACACAAAUGAACCAAUAGCGAGUACAUUCAACCUUGCGCCAAAACACCCAAAUAUCUGGGACGAAGCCUGUUUCCACAUGACGGCUAUCGGCCAGUGGAAACAAUCCGAAUGCACAAAGUUCAGACCAACUCUUUGCAUCUUUGAUCAAGAUCUCUGCGUUGACAUCAACGAGUGCCUCGAUGGAUCCAACCAGUGCUUCCAUCAACUUGCUACUUGUGCUAACUUGGAUGGAGGGUAUGAAUGUAUCUGUGCCGAUGGGUACGAGGGAGACGGUCUUACCACUGGUGAUAACUGUACUGAUAUCGACGAGUGCUCAGAUGCAACAAUCUGCGAUGCUAAGGAGAAUAGCGAAUGUGUCAAUUCAGUCGGUAGUUAUGAUUGCGCUUGCAAACCUGGCUUCUUGCCUCUUGGAACUGAGUGCCUUGAUUUUAACGAAUGCCUUAUCCCAGGCGCACAUGAUAAGUGCGAUCCCGUCAAUGGAAUCUGCGACAACACCAUUGGUUCAUAUGAGUGUUCUUGCCCAGAAUUCUUCAGCGGUAACGGUACGGUCGAUGAUCCUUGUGUCAGCGACCUUGGUUUCUGCUUGUACGACGAACUCAACAUCGAAAAUGCUGUAAUGACUGAUUGCAGCACAUCAACAGAUGAGUUCGAAUCCUGCACCGGUGUAACUUGUGCUCAAGGUCUUUACCUGACUUUUGAUGGAAAAGACCCCAUGAAUAUUGUUUCUGAGUGUACCUGCGACAAUCAUGUCAACUGCACUCAUACCUUGAACAAGAAUGUUGCCUGUGUUGACUGCCCCGAUAACGAUGUCAUCACUUGGUUUGGAUUCAGCACAAAUCAAAUCAAGGUUUCCGGCCCAACCGGUGGCCUCAUUCAAUCCCGUGUUGAAGCCAACCUCGCCGUCACUUCUGACUGGAGCACUUACACCGUUCUCUUGGUCUUCCCAGGCGAUCUCACCGACGCACGAAUUUUCACCUGGGUCUUUGACGUUGCUAACGUUAUUCUUGAAGCUGAUGGAAGUUCUACAAUGGUUGUGCUCAACCAGAAUGCGAACUCUCCAAGUUUAACGGACGCCUGGUCCGAGUUCUUUGUUGGUCUCGACAACGUUGCUUCAAUUGUUGACUCGGAUGACUUGACAACAUUCAAAGUUGGAGUUAUGCCCGGAUCUAUCGCCAACCCAGACUGUGUUCUCGAUACAAACGCUGAUAUGCCAUCAGAAUCUUCCUCGAGAAUCAAGCAGAGAAAAGAGCGAAAAUAUGCAAGAAGAAAUAAUGCAUAA